GUGACCAACGGCCAGCCAUCCAACGAGACCCACGAUGAUCCAACGACCACUCAUUCAUCUCCAUCCAUUUCUCCAGUGACCGUAUCCAUUGUUUCUGUCCGCCGUGGCACUGCCUGAAGCAGCGGCGGGGGAAGUCGUCGGAGCUGAUGCCUCUUCAUCGUUAUCUACAAUUGGGGUUUCUCCUCCUGAAUUUCCUCCACCGGCAAUGAUGUUGGUCAGGAAGAGUACUUGCUGCUGCUCAUGCCUCGUCUUCUCGCACUCCCCUCUUCUGCCUAGGAUUAGGAGGAGGCUCUCCGUCUCCUCCUCCUUUGUCGCCUCCACUCCCAAUCUAAUCGCCGUCGCGGCAGCUUCCUCCGCCACUUCUUCCACCCUCCAUGGCGCCGUCUCCUCCGCCAUCACCCAAGUCGCCUUCACCGCACUCGCCAUCGCCUCCGGAGCUUGCCUCUCCACUAAGGUCGACUUCUUGUGGCCGAAACUCCAAGACCUUCCCUUCGAGUCUUUUGCCGUGGAAGGAGUGGAUGUGAGCGGCUGUUCCAUCUUCAGUGAUUCCCAGGUGCAAAAGGCUAUUGCAUUCGCUAAAGCAGCUCACCAUGGUCAAUUCCGUAGAACUGGGGAUCCUUACUUGGCUCACUGCAUCCAUACCGCCAGAAUCUUGGCCCUGUUGGUUCCUUCAGCCGGCAAACGGGCCACUGACACAGUGGUCGCUGGGAUUCUCCAUGAUGUUGUGGACGACACUCAUGAAACUUUGAAUCGAAUUGAACAAGAGUUUGGUGUUGAAGUUGCCAGGUUGGUUGCCGGUGUUUCCAGGUUAAGCUACAUAAAUCAGCUACUGAGGCGACACCGCAGGAUACAUGUUAAUCAGGCCACUCUUGGCCAGGAUGAGGCUAAUAAUCUGCGAGUUAUGCUCUUGGGGAUGGUUGAUGAUCCACGGGUGGUGCUAAUCAAGCUUGCAGACCGCCUUCAUAACAUGAGAACCAUUUAUGCUCUCCCAACACCAAAGGCUCAAGCUGUAGCUCAAGAAACAUUACUUGUUUGGUGCUCGCUCGCUUCUAGGUUGGGUUUAUGGGCAUUAAAAGCCGAACUGGAAGAUCUAUGCUUUGCAGUUCUUCAGCCACAAUUGUUCCAAAAGAUGCGGGCUGAUCUGGGUUCUAUGUGGAGUCCCACUACCAGAGAUCUAUCUGUAAGAAGAUCUAUAAGAGGUGCUUUACUUGCUUCGGUUGGAGGAGGAUCUGAGGCCAUAGAGCAAGAGGAAGAUACCUUGUCUGUGAAGGAUCUUUUGGAAGCUGUAGUGCCCUUCGAUAUCUUGUCAGAUCGAAGAAAACGGGCCAUAUUUCUUGAAAGCUUGAAAAAUACAAAUGAGGCUCCAAAAAGACCAAAAGUUGUGUUGGAUGCUGGAAUUGCCUUAGCAUCUCUUGUUACUUGUGAGGAAGCACUUGAGAGGGAGUUGCUCAUCUCAACCUCCUACGUUCCAGGCAUGGAAGUAUCCUUAUCUAGUCGGCUAAAGAGUUUGUACAGCAUUUACAGCAAGAUGAAAAGAAAAGAGGUUGGCAUUAGCAAGGUAUAUGAUUCCCGCGCAUUAAGGGUUGUGGUUGGUGAUAAGAAGGGAACUUUGAGGGGACCUGCCAUUCAAUCUUGCUACACUUUACUCGAAGUUGUUCAUAGACUCUGGACCCCAGUCGAUGGUGAAUUUGAUGAUUACAUUAUUAACCCAAAGCCGAGUGGCUAUCAGUCGCUUCAUACUGCUGUGCAAGGCCCUGAUGGUGCACCAUUGGAAGUUCAAAUAAGAACUCAGAAAAUGCAUGACUAUGCUGAGCAUGGGCUUGCUGCACACUGGCUCUAUAAAGAAGCCGAAAACAAGUUGCCUUCUUUCAGCAGCAUGGAUGAAUCUGAAGUGGAAGCAAGCUACUACUUCUCCAAAGAUAAUGAAGAUGGAAACUACAAGGAGGAGAGUCAAUUUCAAAAGUACAGAUUCCUCAGAGUGGGGCAUCCGGUCCUUAGAGUACAAGGAAGUCACCUGCUUGCUGCUGUUAUAAUAAGAAUUGACGAAGGUGGGAAAGAACUGCUAGUCGCUGUGAACUCUGGGCUGGCUGCAUCUGAGACGGUGGCUGACAGAAAAUCUUCCUGCCAAGUAAAGCGAUGGGAGGCCUACGCCAGACUUUACAAGAAAGUUUCAGACGAGUGGUGGUGCGAGCCGGGACAUGGGGAUUGGUGCACAUUCCUUGAGAAGUUUAUACUUUGUCGGGAUGGUAUGUACCACAAGCAAGACCAAUUCGAAAGGAUGCUGCCAACAUUCAUCCAGGUGAUCGAGCUGACGGAGGAAGAGGAAAGUGAGUACUGGGAUGUGGUUGCAGCUGUGUUUGAAGGGAAGCCAGUUGAUGAAAUCAUUGCAGGUAAGCCAAUCGGAUACUCAGCUGCUGUAUCAUCCACUACUCCAAUGGAAGCUGCCAGCAUUAACAACAAGGUACGGCUUCUGAGGGCAAUGCUGGGAUGGGAGGAGCAGCUGCGCAGCAGCAGCAGCAGCGGGGGCAGCAGUGAUGGCAUGUCGUUGAAUGACAGAUCGUCGUCAUCAUCAUCUGCAACGACAGUGGUGCUGGGGGAAGUGGUGGUUAUAUGUUGGCCGCAUGGCGACAUAAUGAGGCUAAGGAACGGGAGCACCGCUGGCGAUGCGGCUCGCAGAGUUGGACUUGAAGGCAGGUUGGUGGCAGUGAAUGGUCACCUGGUGAUCCCCAGCACGCCCCUCAAGGAUGGAGAUGUGGUUGAGGUCCGACUUUAGUUGAUGGCAAGAAGAAUGUUUUGCUGCUGCAGCAAGCCGGCAAGUGCGGUUCUCAUCUCACCCAUCACAUUGUUAAUAUGAUUGAUAUGUAAAUAGUUGGGGGGAAUUCGGCAAUUUCCAUUGUUCAACAAGAGGCAUUGGGCAUAAGCUGGGUGCCUAAUUAAACUGUAGUAGUUCGCAUGAAAGACUGUUCUAUGCAAUGCAUGAAGGGGUACUCAAUCCAUCGUAAGUAAAUAGUCUUUCUUGGCUUGUGCAAAAAGAUAGAAGGCAAAAGGCUUGUUAUGAAAAGGCUUCUCUUCCUCUGAACAAAAUCCAAUAUGAAGC